AUGAGUAAUACCAUCAUGGAUAAACCAUCAGCAUCCCUUCAAACAGCCUGGCUUUUAGCCACAGUUGGUCCAAGAAUCACCAAUAAAAGGUCUAUAAAGAGGGACAUUUUGAACCUAUCAAUUCCUGAAGUAUGUUCACAACUAGGUGAAUGCUGUCAAGACCGAAGUAUCAGAUAUACAUCUAGUGUUCUCCAUGGAAUAUCCAUGAUAUAUAAAGCAAAGAUAGACCUCUUGUGGAACGAUCUUAUAUUGAUCAAAGUCAAACUAUCAAAGGAGUUUCUAUUUAGAGGUUUUGGUUCCUCAGAUCCUAGAAGCUUCACAUCAAAAGGAACAGAAACAGAUAUUGAUGGUUCUUCCAUUCAAAGACAAGUAUUCUUGGAAGAUGAUAUUCAAUUCAAUCUUGAUAUUGAUUUUGUCCGGCUUGUCAAUGAUGAUACAACAUAUCCACAGAAACGUAGAAGACUACAAAUUCAGCAACAGGACCAACAGAUCUUUCCCAGUAUGAACUAUUUGAAUACAGAGCACCCUGAUGCAAGUACUCAAAUGGUUACAACUAUCGAUGAUCAAUUGAUUAGUAACUAUAUUGACCAUAGCAUGGGAUUACGUAAUGAAGUUCAACUGGCUGCAAAUUCAUCUGGGGUAGAUUUUGUGUUCAAUGAGAGUGGAAACUUAAUAAACUUGAACUUGGCAAGGCCAGAUUUUGCAGCUGAACAAGCUGAAGAUGUGAUGCAAUUUGAGCUUGAAGACCUAGAAAUUCCCCCUGAACUUGAAGAUCAAAUUGGAGAAUAUGAACCAGGAAAAAGCAUAACCAAUGAUGCCAACUUCCACAUGUCCACAACAGAAAACCAGAGCACUUACAAUCAGGUUAUCAAAUCCAAGAACGAGUUGAAAUUUCACAAAUUAGUAAAUGAUAAGAAUGGAAAUAUCAUAGUAAGUACCGAAAACUUGGAAGAAUCCGUGAAAAGUUAUGAAAGUCGGAUGCAUUCUAAGAAGACCAACUCUUGCAUAGAGAUAAGUGUAUAUGAAUCAAUAUUGGCGGAAGCAAAGAAAGUCUCAGGUAACAACAGGCUAUUAUCUCGUUUGAAAAUGAUCGCAUUGUCAAACUCUAUGCCUGAAGCUUCCAAUGCUGAAACCAGAGAAAUCACUCGAGAGUUUAGUCUCGUUCGAGCUAUUGAAAGAAAUGCAUCAGGUGAUCAUGAUACAGAAAUCGGUAGAGAUUUCCAGCAUACAGAAAUGUUGGAAAACCUCAAUCACGGGUUUCAAGGCAUCACAGAAGGAUUAGAUCUAGGCAUUGUUAUGUCCGAGCCUGACGACAGUGUUUUGGGCUUAUCAUUUAGCGAACUUGAUAGGAGCGAGCUCCAAAGCAGAUUACAAUAUUCCAAGCAAAGUGAGAGUGGUGAAUCAAAUCUUCAGAAAUCGCUUGAUGACGUAUCUUUCGUGGACAUUCCACUGAAUUCACAAUCAUCCCUUGCUAUACAAUCACUAAAGUUUUAUAAAUUCCUUAUAUCAGCUAGUCAAACUUAUGGCACCCCCUACAUUGGUGAUGAGCCUCGCCUUAAUUCGAUCGCGGAAAUAUCAACUACAAACGAGUACCGAAUCGUCAAAUUUUCCAACAUCAUUCCAGAUGAAAAUACAGCAGCAGCAGCUGGCGAGUCACCUGUUUCUCGUGGUUUAGCCGCAAGCUGUUUUGCCAGCAUACUCACUCUUGCUACCAGAAAUAUGAUCCAGCUAGAAACGAAAGGCUCAAACCUAGAGGUUGGUUUAGGGAGACAUAUUGACAUUGUUGUUCCUAGUUGA